UUGCCAAUGCAUUCAAUGCAUUGCACACCACAUGUGACGUGACUUGUGUUGUGUUAAGUGUUGUUCACAUCCUUUUCCUGCAAACCAUAACUCGUGUAUAAAUUGUUGUUUGAAUUGUUGUGUGAAUUGAUUACAAGUAUCGAUGGGUCGAGUGAUCCGAAGUCAGCGCAAAGGCGCCGGUUCUGUCUUCAAGAGCCAUAACAAGCACCGGAAGGGGUCCCCGAAGUUCAGGGCAAUUGAUUUCGCCGAAAGACACGGUUAUAUCAAAGGCGUGAUUAGGGAGAUAAUCCACGACCCGGGAAGAGGUGCUCCGUUAGCGCAAGUGGUGUUUCGCGACCCCUAUAAGUAUAAGUUGCGUAAAGAGCUGUUUCUGGCGGCGGAGGGCAUGUAUACGGGACAGUUCGUGUACUGCGGCCGGAAGGCCACCCUUCAGAUCGGCAAUGUGUUGCCCAUCGGCACUAUGCCUGAGGGAACUGUGGUCUGCAAUCUCGAAGAG